UCAUCGCUAAAGCUACUCACUUGGUGGUGGUCAAGGCACUGACGUCGGCGUUUCAUUCACACUAUUCCAAUACUAUCUGUUUUUUUCAGAUUCUACUUUAGCUAGCUUUUUAACCAAUAAGUUAGCAGUUUGUUUACCUGCCAGAGUUCACUAACGUUAUAGCUAUAGGUUCUAGAGGAUUUGGAUAAAGCUACCCAAAAAAGAGAUGGGGGCAUUUUUGGACAAGCCAAAGAUGGAGAAGUUCAAUGCCCACGGAGAAGGAAAUGGCCUACGCUAUGGCCUGAGCAGCAUGCAGGGCUGGCGGGUAGAGAUGGAGGAUACACACACGGCUGUCAUUGGCCUGCCCCAUGGCCUCAACCCCUGGUCCUUUUUUGCCGUGUAUGACGGCCAUGCUGGCUCUCAGGUGGCCCGCUACUGCUGCGAGCACUUGCUAGAGCACAUCACCAGCAACCCAGAUUUCAGGGGUGGGGGUGCAGGACCAGGAGGUGGAGAAGAGGGCAGGGCAAUUCUGGACAGGCAUGGACCAGAGCCAUCUGUGGAGAGUGUGAAGAGUGGCAUUCGCACUGGCUUCCUGCAGAUCGAUGAGCAGAUGCGAGCUAUCUCGGAGCGUAAGCAUGGUGCGGACCGCAGCGGCUCUACUGCAGUGGGAGUCAUGAUCUCACCUCGCCACAUGUACUUCAUCAAUUGUGGUGACUCACGGGCACUCCUCAGCAGGGGAGGCCGGGUCCAUUUCUUUACGCUGGAUCACAAGCCCAGCAAUCCAUUGGAAAAGGAGCGCAUCCAGAAUGCCGGUGGCUCUGUCAUGAUUCAACGUGUUAAUGGAUCGCUUGCUGUGUCUCGGGCCCUUGGUGACUUUGACUAUAAAUGUGUACAUGGCAAGGGCCCCACAGAGCAGCUUGUGUCACCUGAGCCAGAGGUGUAUGAGAUUGAAAGAUCUGAGGCGGAGGACGAGUUUGUUGUGUUGGCGUGUGAUGGUAUCUGGGACGUGAUGGCCAAUGAGGAGCUAUGUGACUUUGUGCGUUUACGUCUAGAGGUGACAGAGGACUUGGAGAGAGUGUGCAAUGAGAUUGUUGACACAUGUUUAUACAAGGGAAGCCGGGACAACAUGAGUGUGGUGCUGGUGUGUUUCCCUGGUGCUCCCAAGAUCUCGCAAGAAGCUGUGAAGAGACAGGCAGAGCUGGAUAAGUACCUGCAGAGCAGGGUAGAAGGUGGAGCCUCUAAAAAGAAAUGAGUUAUGUUACACAUUUCAAAAGAGCGAGACACCUAUUGUUGUUGCGUAAACUUAUGGUAGUACUUAUUACUUACCAAAACAGAAACUAAAUAUAAAAGUACUCACAGAACCCCAAUUUUAAGUGUGAAGGCACUUGAGUGUCUUUAUAGGCAACAUACUUUUUAAUAUGGUUUAUCCUGGACUUAAAAUGUCCUCAAGGGAAAUGUAGCAAAUUUUAACUUUAGAAUGCCUAACAUAUAUACAUAUAUAUAAAAUAAAAUCGUAUUCUUUGUCAAAAUGUAUUUUUUCUCACAGCUUUUCCAAUGAAGCAAGCUCAAUAUUGUAUCUUCUGGACCUGGUUUUACAAAACAUUUCAUCUUGAUCAGAAUGAUACGGAUUCUGUAAUCCCUUAUUUUGAAAUCCAGGAUCAUAUAAAUCCAACAGAUUUUUUUGGCCAGUGUUUCUGAAAUAGGUAGGAAAGGACCGUUCUGAUCUACAUAUAAAAAUGUUAAGAAUCUAGAUUACCUGUGCUUUGAAUAUGUGUAAACCAUGCCAUCUACUGGGCAGGUUAUAUUACUACAUACAUGAAGAAAGGUUCACUUUUUUUUACAAUUUUUUUUACCAAAUCUGUGUUCUGGAUGUAUGUUAAUGUUUAAAAAGUGCUGAGGCACUUUAAAAAAAAAAUGGUUUUGAGAAACAUGCCCCACCAGCGAUUAUACUUCCUCAUGUUUGUUCAGCAGUUGUAGGGGCAUGAUAAAACAUGAACAAAGGCUCCAAAAACACCCAAAUACGUCCUUUUAAAAGUGACGCUGUAUAGUGUUGCUGGUCUUUAGAUGUUAUACACAUGCAAUUGUGUCAUUCCGAAAUUUAUCCGCAAUGUUAUAUUCCAUGUUGUGUGACUAGAGCUAUACUUUUCCGUGAGCGCAUAAAGGCUACACAGAGAAGUAUCGCUGGAGAAUGUAAUGUUGCGCAUAAAGUCACUUUACUGCUUUAAUCAGCUUUAAUAUAGCAGAUAUAUUGUGGCUUCUAGCAAUGUAAUUGUCUGCAUAAUUUCCAAUCCCCCAUAUAUAUUUUUUGUAAAUAUAUUCAGUACCAGUCAAAAGU